AUGGAACACGAAUUGUUACGUCCUCUAGUGCACGGUGUUUCAGAGGAAAGCUUGUCAUCGUUGAUCAUCAAGCUCGGAAAAACUUCUGCCUACGGACCUGGAUUGCCAAAGUCGGCGGAAGAGCUUAAUGACCUACCCGAGGAGAAAGAAUUGAAACCUGGCAGUGAUGAAGAGGCGAGGAUGGGUGUUUGUAAAAUGCGAGUUCCAAGUUCUGAGCUGCUGGAGAAAAUGAAACCGAUCGCGAUCAGUGAAAUCUGGAACGAACAUUGGAUCACACUUGCACUGGCGGAAGUUAAGAUCUUGAAGGAGACUCAGUCAGGAAGUUUUGGACGCGAGGCCCAAUUGGCCUAUACAAAUCACAUAAUACUCAGAAAGCAAUGUCAACGAGGUUGUCAAGGAUUUGGUUCCACCCAAAAUACUGCAUCUCCUGGCAACAAUCGUUAUGUCGUCGCGGUAUGA